AUGUCUGGAGGAGCACCAGUUCCUGUUGUCGUCAAGGGCAAGGAGGCUGCCAUACUCUGUAUGGAAGAUCUUCAAGCAGCUGCUGAUGCAAAUCUACCAGAGAUUGCUAGAGAUUUCUACAACUCUGGGUCGACCUACCAAACGACCAUUGCUGAGAAUAGCUCCGCCUUUGGUAAAUACCGAUUACGGUCUCGGGUACUUGUCGAUGUCUCCAAGCUAGAUACCUCGACGACUUGCCUUGGACGCAACAUCAAAUUCCCCUUGUCAAUUUCUCCGGCCGGAUUGCAAGCGAUGGCUCAUCCCGAUGGUGAACUCGCGACGAGCAGGGCCUGCUCCACCACUGGGGUGAACAUGGCCAUCUCAAGUUUUGCGAAUCACCCUAUCGAGGAUAUCAUGGCUGGAGGUCAAAGAAACGUCAACUACGCCAUGCAACUUUAUACAAUGAAGGAUAGAGCGUUGCAAGAGCGAAUCAUCCAGAAAGCAGAAGGGGCAGGAUGCAAAGCGAUUUUUUUGACGGCCGAUUCGCCGGUUCUAGGAGUUCGAUUCAACGAAUGGCGCAAUGAUUUUCGGACUCCUGAAGGCCUCGAAUUUCCCACGUUGGAACUUACGACGCAAAAGAUCCGCACUCAGACGCAUGAUUCGGGCUUUACGGCAUUCAAUGACGACUCACACAACUGGGAACGCGACAUCGCGUGGUUGCGAUCGAAGACGAAAAUGCAGAUAUGGAUCAAGGGCAUCUUGACGGCUGAGGACACGAUACUGGCGAUCAAGUAUGGUUGUGACGGUAUCAUUGUGAGUAAUCACGGCGGACGACAAUUAGAUGGUGUCCCUGCGACCAUCGAUGCAUUGGUUGAAUGUGUUGAUGCCGCGAAAGGAAGGAUUCCCAUUCAUGUCGACGGCGGGUUCCGAAAGGGGACCGAUAUCUUUAUCGCGUUGGCCCUGGGUGCGAAAUGUGUCUGGGUUGGUAGGCCUGCCAUCUGGGGAUUGGCAUAUAAAGGUCAAGCCGGCGUUGAGAAGAUGAUAACAAUGCUCCAUGAAGAUUUUAGGCGGUGCAUGGCACUUUGUGGGUGUAACACUGUCGAAGAUAUCAAGAGGAGUUGUUUGGCUAUGAUGGGGAUCGAUGGUGUCUUGAGAAGAUUGGAAUAG